ACGCCGAUUGAGUGACAUCCCGUUUUCCUUCUACUUGAAGGAUGAAAGGUAUUAUUUUAUUGUUAGUGUGCAUUCAGGUGUUCUGCUGUAGAGCAGCGCCUCCUCAGUCCCAGGAGCCUCCGCUGACCCCCAUUCCUUGCACUGAUCCUGGAGCAGAAGCUGCUGCCGAUUUGUCUUUGCGCCAGCUAAAUGCAAACCGCAGAGAGGGCUUCGUGUUUGGGCUGAAGCGCAUUUCCAGCGCCCUGGAACAAUAUGAGGAAGAGAGCGGCUCUGUGUAUUACCUGACAUUGGAUGUGUUGGAAACAGAAUGCCAUGUCCUGAGCAGACAGGAAUGGAAAGACUGCGAACCCAAACCACUCCAUGAAGCUGUGUUUGGACAGUGCAAAGUAAUAUUUCACAUUAACAAACCACAGAGAAUCGCUCAUCUAUACAGCUAUGACUGCACUUUGAGACCAGUUAGUCGACCCUUAGCCUGUCGUGGCUGUCAUAUGUCACGACCACUGAACAGCACUCGAUUUCAGGAUAUAGUAAAGCGUGCCCUCGCUAUAUUUAACAAUGACAGCAACUACGAACAGCUGUUCAUACUUGGAAACAUAACAAAAGGCACAGAACAGGUGAUUGCGGGACGCUUAUUCAAAGUAGAAUUUACAAUCCAUGAAUCCUCCUGUAACAAAUCUAUACCAAUUGAAGAAGAACCCUGCCAGCCCCUGGACUCUGAAACUGCACAUACAGGUUACUGCAAGAGCCGGGCAAUAGCACAUUGGAGCAGUCCCAAUGAUCCAACUGUGAAAGUAUCCUGCAAUGUAUUUGAGUCAGAUGUUGUUGAUCCCGGCAAUCAGAAAGAACAACCAGAUAGUCCAGAGAAACCUCAAAAUGGAAAGAAAGAUGAAAACCCAGGGCGUGGGCAUGGGCGUGGGCGUGGACACUCACACUCUCAUCACAAGCACAGCCAUAAGCAUGGCCACAAGAGUGGUCACAAACACGGUCAUAAGCAUGGACACAAACAUGAUCAUGAUCACAGUGAAAGUCAUGAACAUGACUCUCAAGUACACUCUGCUAAAACCGUUGGCAAAAUCACAUAUCUUUCAGCCGACGAAGAGUCCACGACUACACCUAGAAUCCAAGAGAAAGCCAGAAAACCUUCUGAUGGUGCUAAACCUAACUUGCCAGACAGGUCAAACUCCCGCAGAGGAGAAAGGCCACAACCACCUCCUUUCGUUCAUGAUGGACAUGGUCGUAGAUCAGGAUUUGGUGGACCACCUAGACCAUUUAUUCGCCCUUUCCCUGAAAAUGCUUCCACAUCAGACCAGUGCCCAGGACCAGUGAAGAAUAAUGUCCCAGAAGAUGCCCCAAAUGUUGUAACCACACAAAUGCCAACACCAAUUCCAAAAUAAAUAGUCGCUGACAUCACAACAACCCUUAAUGCAUUGAUUGUAAUCCAAGAAAAAGAAAGAUAGUACAGUAUAAUGUUCAAAUAUUAAUGUUAAGUGAGCCACCCUUCUUAGUACGUUAUUAUUUUAAAUUGUCUAUCCUGAAGCUGACAUUACAUUAAACAAUAUCUUAUUUUAA